AUGCCAAACUUGUCGGCUGUGAGGGUUUGUCUGUGGAUGAAAACCGCUGAUACUGGAAAUGAAGGAACACUCCUGAGCUAUGCUGUAUCUGGAGGAAGCAACGAACUUCUCCUGGUUGACUAUAGAAAUUUUGACAUACUCAAAGUAUACUUGUCGCGUUUUGCUGCUAAUUUUAGUGGUCAUACUUCUGUAUCCGCCAAUGAUGGAAAGUGGCAUCAUAUCUGCCUCACAUGGGAGAAUACCGCUGGAUCAUGGAAAUUGUUUCGAGAUGGUUCGGUUGCCGCUUCUGGUAAAAAUCUCCAAACAGGUUACGUGAUUCGUGCAAAUGGAGCCCUGGUACUAGGGCAGUAGCAAGACUAAAAGGGAGGAAGUUUUUAUGCCAAUCAAUCUUUCAUCGGUGAAAUGACAGGUGUCAACAUCUGGGAUCACGUUCUAAAAGACCGAGAAAUCGCACCCAUGUCAAAGUCGUGCCUGACAGGAGUGAGCAACAUGUUUCAGUGGUUCAAAGCUCACAUCAAGGGCUCAGUGAAGAUAAUUAAGCCAUCGUGCUGA